AUGCAGGCGUUUGGAAAUGGGGUUGCUUGGAUAAGGUGGCGUCUUCCGUCAUCAAGCGCUACGGAACACCAGGGCCAUACUGAAAAAGCACCUUUGAGUGACCAUCGAGCAUACUGGAAUUAUGAGAAGGCCCUGCAAGUGAGGCUCACCAUUGACAGAUCAUCAAUGCUACAGGAAUGUGAAAUAAAUUUUGAAGUGAUUCAAGAGUUUCACUCUUCACCCACAAAUGAGAAGAAUGUGUUGGGCAAAAUCAAACUCAAUCUUGCCGAAUAUGUCGACAAGGUCGACGAUGAUGAGGGUGUGGUCCGAAGAUACCUUAUGUUUGAUAGCAAAGUCAAUAGUACAGUCAAAAUUGGCAUUGCGAUGCGGCAGACGGAAGGAGACCGCAACUUUAUAACGCCAUCGCUAAAAUCUGCGACUGUUUUCGGAGGUAUCGCCAGAGUAGUACAUCUUGCAGAACCAGGAGACUCGGAAGAGCUGGGCCAUCUUCCAUCCAUCAAUACCAAAGGCAGAGAAAUAGCAGAUAUGCAAGAUAUGUACCGACGUACUCUGGCAGCAUCGUGGACUUCUCGCUCCUGUGACCUUCCUGCCGAUAAGCUGGUUGAAGAGCUCUUUGCUGGGAGCUCUUGCUGGAAUAAUGAAACCCACAACAUUAUGCUUGAGGGCCAUGCAGAAGACGACUAUAGGAGGUCACAUUUGAGUGCGGACGCUGCAACCCGCCAAAUGCGCACGGGGAAAAGUCUCUCCCCCAGCUUCGAACGCCGUCCCAAGAGUGCUUCUAGCAAUCACUCGGCCAGUAGUCCAAAAACACCAGAUUCCCUUUCUACUCUGAGUCAUCCCAAGAAGGGUGGCAGCAUUGAGCAACAGCUUUAUGACGGUGCCAAAGGACGGGGGUGGAAGCACCGUAGUUCAGAGCACGAACUCUCCGAGUUUGAUGUGAGAGAAGAUCUACGAAGCUGGGAUGUUUCUUCGAAGGAAUAA